UUUCCUCUUUAAAUUACGCGCCCAUGAGGUGUCUGAGAGGCUGUUACCCAAGGCCCAGCCCUUCAGUGUCCGGUGACAGGCAGGACCCCAGUCCAUCCCCACCGAGAUCUGCAUUGGCCGCACCGAAAUUCAGUGCAUAGCCCUGUUGCCUGCUCGUCGGCAUGCGAGGAGACCAACACCUUUCGGGCAGACCGAGUGCCGUCCUGCCCCUUCCAGCAGCACCUAAUGUCUGCGCUCCUCUGAUCCUCCACCUCGCAGUGGAGGGUCCAGGAUAAAGGCCGGGAGCUGGGGGCUGGCCGUCCCCAGUGAUUGCAUUGAUGGUGAGCGACAUCGAGGGGCCGUGUCGCCUGUUUAAGUCGCAGCAAGUGUCAGCAGCCGAUGGCAGGGUGCGCUCCCGAAUCCCACGCCUGACGCCGGGCUGUGAUUUCGAAAUUUUGAUCCGGUUGCGCUUUUACUCCCCGCACCACCCUGAGCCGCGCCGGCCGCCGUGCCCAUCCCCCACCGCCCGCCCAGCUCGAUCCGUACGGCCAUGGCGGACUCCUCGCUGGACGACAUCAUCCGGAGGCGCGGGCUGCGCGUUAAAGGCAGACCGCUAUCGAGUCCCAGGCCCGUUGUUGGUGGUGUUAAGUCGCGGAUUGGAGAUCAGUUUGUAAACUUAAGCACAAGCUGGCCAGCCAGCAGCUUUCAGAGGACUUUUGAUGCCCGGCAGAAGAUUGGCAUCACAGAUGCCCGGCAGCGGUUAACCAUGAGAGACGCUCGCGAUCGCUUGGGACAGAAGGACAUGCGCUCAAAAAUAACCGGGGGCACCCCAAAGGUUCUUGACGCCCGUGAAAUGAUCAAUUCAAGGAAAAACCAGGAUGCGAGUGAAAAGGGGCUGGCAGUGAAGAAGGUUUUGGAUGCUCGGGAGCGACUGAGUGCCCGGAGAAGUGCUCCAGCAGUGGCCACUGCUCCAGCCUCAGGAACCAUCAACACGGGAGGAAGGAUAACCAAAACAAUCCAAGUACCACAGAAGAAGUCUUCUGCUCCCGUGUUGUCACAUCCCUUGGGAAUGCAGAUUAAUGUGGUGAAUGAUCAAAGCCCUGGCCAGGUUAUUGAUGAAGAGGAUAUUGAAGAGGAGGAGGAAGACCAUAUUCUACGUUCAAUCCCCAUGGCAAACAAAACCAUGAAAGUCACCACUACAGUUGCAAACAACUUCACUCAAAAACGGCCUGGUUUGAGUGCCUCAAAGCUGUCUCUUGCAAAGUCUGUUCCGUUGACCAAAGUGGUCCAGAACGACUCGUACACUGCUCCUCCACAGCCUCCCCUCACCCUCACUCGCUCGGGACCUUCGACAAAUGUAUCAAGAGCACCAGCCCUCGCAGUGGAGCAGGAGCCAGCUGAAGAUGUGAAGCCUCCAGAGCUAAAUCUGAGCCCAUUGGAAGGAACGAAAAUGACUGUGAAUAAUCUCCAUCCACGUGUGACUGAGGAGGAUAUAGUGGAGCUGUUCUGUGUUUGUGGCGCUCUAAAGCGUGCCCGCCUCGUACACCCAGGAGUUGCAGAAGUCGUCUUCGUCAGAAAGGACGAUGCCAUCACGGCUUACAAGAAGUACAACAACAGAUGUUUAGAUGGUCAGCCAAUGAAAUGCAACCUUCACAUGAAUGGAAACGUCAUCACUUCAGAGCAGCCAAUCCUGUUGAGACUGAGCGACAGUCCAGUGGUGAAGAAGCCCGAGCUCCCCAGGGUCAAGCCCCGUCCAUCCAACCAGCCUCCGGCAGAGGUCGACCCGGAGAUCAUCCUGAAAGCGCUCUUCAAAUCCUCAGGACCCUCGACAUCAGCCCAUCCCACCGCUUUCAAGAUCAAACUCUAACUUGCAUCAGUGAGACCACCUUCAGACUCGACCACAGCCCAAUUCCUCGGCCCCUGGUGUCUUAAUAGUUUCCUGACCUCCUUUAGGUCCCUUCCACCUGAUGCUGUCGGGGCAGUAGCUGAGGUCCCCUCUGCCCUAUCACAGAUGCAUCAUUCUCUCUGGCCCUGUCCGUCAGCAUGCCAUCUCCUGACCUGCUUGGCCAGGCCAGUGAACUUGCCUCAUUGCAUUAAGUGCAUUCCUGUGCUGGUGAUAUAGGUUGUUCCACGGGCCGAUCUGAUCACGAUGCUACCAUGGACAUUGCUCAUUUCACCCGUCUCUGAUGGAAGGUGGCUUGCGUGACAGAGAUGUGGUGCUUUAACUUACCCAGUCUCUCAGGAGCUCCACUUCUCCCCACAGGGAACAGAGUUGAACCACGUUUCUGUGCUCUGAGCAGCCCCUCACCUUGUUAUUCUCACACACCUUCCCCAAGUUUGACCAAGGAAAGGCAGCAGACUAGAUCAGUGUCCCUGGCAGGAGUAAACUGCAUUCCCUACUUGUUUUAUUGAUCACCAUUCCCUUUUUAUGGUGCAGGCAGACUUAAUUACAACGCUGUGUAUAAUACUAAUAUGAUGAGACUGGCUUCUCACCGACUGCAUGUUCAAACAUGUGCUUGGUUUUGCAUGGUUUAAGCCACAAGCCCAGGCCUGACGGGAGCUCGUCUGCACUCUGCGAGGGCUGUGGUUCCAGGUGUUGCUGAGGGCAUUCACAAGCAGCCAAAUGGAGCCACUUGGGGCAAAGACUCAGCUGUCACUGCUGCCCCUCCCACUCUCGCUGCAUCUCUCCAUGCAGCUGCCAGCAGUUUUGCGGACUCAGAAUUCCAUUUGAGAUUCUACAUUAAAGCUUUACUUACCCACCCUGGAGAAUUUCUCCAGAUUAGUCGAGAUGUAUGUCUCCUGUGUUUGUUCGGGCUGCUGUCUCCCUGCACCAUGAGGAACCUGGACUGCUAAAGAGGUGAACUGCCAGGUACACUGAUACCUGGCACUCAAACGACAGGCCUCAGCAGGGGAGCUGGCUUGCCCGGAACUUCCUACAUUUAAUAAAUGUGGCAAAAGUAUUUGAUCAUCUCAUUUAAUAAGUUCUUCGGCCUCUUGUCCAAGAAGUGGAAGAAUUUCACAGCCUAAUGGGUGACCUUGUGAGAGAUAAAGGAUCUAGAUCAGAAAUAUUUUGCCAAUACAAGGUCAUGUUGUGUUUAAAAGGAAAAUGUGUUCAGUUUACUGCUUGUGGCUUGCAGUCAGAGGUCAGUGAUGGGGUGUCCAUCUAAGGCAGGGGUUUGCUACCUUUUUAACACCAUGAACCAAUACCAUAAAGCAAGGGGUCCAUGGACCCCAGGUUGGGAACCCCUGGUUUAGGGUGAAUUAGCCCAUGUCUGCAAGGAUAAGUAGAUCAUAUUAAAGAAUUAUAACAAAGAGAAAAAGGUCCUCCCCUAUUUGAUCAGAAUAACUCACAUUCUGUCAUUUCAAAAUAUUCUUGAAGUUUUUGCCGCUUUCCCUUUGCUCUGGGGAGUUUCACUCCCAGGGACUAGCAACAGGAGCAGAAGAACGUGGACCUCUAGCUCUGCACAUUUGGCAGGUUCCUCAAUUUCCAGACCUUUCCUAGAUCGUUUCUAUAGUGUAAAUUCCUGUUUGUGUUUAUUUUUAGCUGUAAGUCAACAUGACUGGGUGAUCAUUUAGGGAUUAUAUCGAGGAGGAGGGUGUAAUUUUUACUCAUGGUUGAAGCGUAUGAGCGUCAGUGAAGCUCAAUCUUUUUUUGCGUGCUUUGAGGCAAUGCUGCUGAACAGGUUGGUGCCUGGCAUCAGGAUAUACAGCGCUCGGUUUAGGUGGAAAGAGCAUAGGAUCUAUUGUGAUAAUAAUAAAUGGUUGUAGUCAACAAUACCUGAAUACUGACUGAACUAUAGUCAGAAUGAGAUGCAGGCCCCUACUUGUGUUGGUUGAUUCAUUGUUGAGGAAGAAUCAAUGGCAAGACUCAAAUUCUAAAUGCCUCUGAUGUAUUGCUGACUGGUUAAAACGUGCCCACUAUCUGCACAUUCACUUUGAUCAGAAAGGGGAAGAUAAGGGGGAUGUGUGGGAGAGAGCUUUUUUCCCUAAUAAAUCAGUGGUAACUGUAUGAUUCCCUUUGGGAAUGGAUUAGGCCAAAAGAACAGACCUGUAACCCUGUCCCAACAACCACACAUUAUUUUUGCUCCACCUGUAUCCAAGGUAGCUGGAUCUUCCCCCACUCUCACUCUGUUUUUCUGGGCGGUUCUGGCUACCUGCUGUGUUGUCCAUGCUGGAGAGCAGCUGCUCAGAGACUAAUGGAGCUCAGAUUAGUGCUGAGCUGUCCUCUGUUCCUGUACCAAGACAGGCCACGGUCUCACUUAAACCAUAAAUGGAGAUGCAUCAUCCACUGAAGUCCAACCACUCGCCUUUGUGUGGAGUCAGCCUUGGCACAGGGCAGCGCUGGGUGGAAGAGAUCCAAAGGCACUUCUUCAACAAGAUGGAAAAUAUCUUCUCCUUAACCAAAGUCAUCAGACCUGCUCGUUUCUCUCCUGGCUGCCUGGGGAUCUUGUUGGUUGUGUUUCUGACAUUAUCACCGGCACCUUGGUUGACUAGAUUGGUUUGAACACUAUUGUUAAGCCCCGAGUGCGUGCAGGCUCUCUCUAAGAUGUCUUGAAUGUUGUGCAGCCGUGGUGUCCUAUCCACUUAGACCAUCUUGUUUCACCCCCGACAGGGUUCCAAUAAAAUCUGGAGCUGCCUACCGAUGUCUUCUGUGUGAAAAAUACCAGAACCGUAACCACGGAUAUGUUCCACUUGGGGCGGGUGAAUUAGUUUGAAAUGUACUUUUGAUUUUUUUUUAAGAAGUAAAGCCUCCAGGAACACUUGGUUUAGCUAUAGAUGUGCAUUAGACCCACAGAUUUUGUUGUUAGUGCUCAGUAGGGAUGAGCUGUGUCUCAACUUUGUAAGUGUGGUCCUAUCCUCUCCUGUACUUGAGAUGCAUGUAUGUGAAUUACCUGAGACUCACAGUCUGCUCACUGCUGUUCCAGAUGCUGUGGUGCUGAACUUGUGUGUCAACUCAGGAAAGGUACUGUAACUCAAGAUCAAGUCAAGGGAUAUAAUUUGGGCUUGGUUAUGGUCUGAGGCGGGCUCCCAUGUUCUGGAUGCAGAAUAAAGGCAGCUGCAGGUGAACACAGGCAGAUCCACACCCCUUGUAACACCAAGGGCAGUGCUCUCACCAUUUUGACAUCAUGCACACAAUCUCAUGUCGUUAUGCCUGGACAGUGGCCUUUGUAAGCAGGUUUGGCGUUUGACCAUUUUAAACUGUGCUUUGUGCACCUGUCAAAGACCAUGUCUGAUACAGACCAGCACCGGGUGUCAGACAGGUUGUGUAAAUAUGUUUACCUUAAACAGUGUGUUCGGUUCCUCAUUUACAAUACAACUAAAUAGAUAUUGUACAGAAAAUACUUGUCUGUUGUCUUUCUUUCAUACAUUAAAAGUUAAAGGUACACAAUGCAUUGUUUGUAAAGUUGUGCAGCACACACAGCCUGCCUGCUGAGCAGUAUUAACCAGUUACUUGGUAACUUGAUUUGAUCCAGAUCUGCUCUGCAGUCCCUCUACAGAAUAGAGCUAAUCUCAGUAACAUACACACGCACAAUCACCCCUACCUCAAUGCCCAAUCAAAACAAAAAGCUGCAGUUCCUUCAUAUCAGGUGUUAUUUAGUCUUCUAUUCUCUGGAAGUUUUGUGUCUUCCUGUUCAUGACUCAUCCCUCAACAAAUUUAACCAUCAUUGCUCCACUUUGUGGGAGCUGUGUGCAAAUUGGUUGACAGGUUCUGCACAACACUUUACUGGCUGUAGACCAGUUUGGGACAUUUUGCAAGGAAAUGAAAGAUAAAAUAAGUACAAAUCUUCACAUUACCUACUUGUUGCUGUUCCUUGUACAUGGGCCUCGGUAUCUCAACCCAACGAUCAUGCUUGGUUCUUAAAAAGAAUUACUCAGUUACACACUAAUGUUCCUUUCCCAGCAGCCCAGCCAAAUACUCCAUUUUCAGAACGUAUCCAGUUCCAUUUUCAGCUUGGCCAUUGAUCGUUUCCACUGCCCUUUCAUGAAGAGCAGUUCACAUUGCAGAUCACGGCAUCAAAAAAGUCUCGGCCCGAAAUGUCGACAGCACUUCUCCCUAUAGAUGCUGCCUGGCCUGCUGCAUUCCACCAGCAUUUUGUGUGUGUUGAUCAAAAAACUCUGAUCAUCUGCCCAUGGCUAAAGACAGUGAACCUGCCCCUCCUGUGGUUGAGAUUCUUAUAAAUUCUCACCAGUCUUCCAGCAGUGGUCAGCAUAAUGCUUUACAGCACCACCAAGAUUAGCGUUCAACUUCUGCUGCUGUCUAUAAGGAGUUUAUAUGUUUUCCUUGCGACCACGUGGGACUUUUCCAGGUUCUCCAGUUUCGUCCUGCAUUCCCAAAACAUGGACAAGGCUCUUAAGUUGUGGGCGUACUGUGUUGGUGCCAGAAGUGGGGUGACAUUGUGAACUGUCCCUAAGUGUAUCAUUGGACUGUUGGUCAUUGAUGUAAAUGAUGCAGUUUGAUGUAUACAUGACAAAUA